UAUUUGACCUUCCUAACCUAAAAAUUCUGUUGAUGUGAUAUGUGAUGCAUCAAGCCGACUCCGAGAAACGAAUAAAUAAUUUUUAAGUUUUAAUUUUUUAACUUUAGACACAGGACGCCACAAUGACAGAGGAAGUUCAAAAACACUCUGUCCAUACCUUAGUUUUUCGCUCCUUGAAGAGGACACAUGAUAUGUUCGUUUCCAAUCAAAGUAACCUUCCCCCUAUAGAUGAGCUAGCUGAAAGCAUCAAAAAGAAAAUAAAAACACGAGACUGUUAUGGUGCUGUACGAGAAAUUGUUGAGAAGAAUAAAGCCCAAAAAAUGUUGCAGAGUGCCAAACAGUUAGAGCUGCAGGAAUCUGAGCGAGAUGACGAUUUACAAUCAAAUCAUGAAGGAGAAAUGGCAGUUGUGCCGGUAGCUCAAAAUCAAGCCCUUGUUCCGAAACAGCCGCCGGCCAUGCCUAAACCCAAGUGGCAUCCCCCUUGGAAAUUGUACCGUGUCAUCUCAGGUCAUUUGGGUUGGGUCAGGAGUGUCGCUGUUGAGCCUGGCAAUGAAUGGUUUGCCACUGGCUCUGCAGAUCGAGUUAUUAAGAUAUGGGAGUUGGCGAGUGGGCGAUUAAAAGUAUCUCUCACAGGACAUAUUAGCAGCGUCAGAGGACUGGCUGUAAGCGCCAAGCAUCCGUACCUGUUUAGUUGUGGUGAAGAUCGUCAAGUCAAAUGCUGGGACCUGGAGUACAACAAGGUGAUAAGGCACUAUCACGGCCAUCUGAGCGCAGUGUACACUCUGGCUCUUCACCCUACAAUAGAUGUUCUCAUUACGGCAGGACGAGACUCAACAGCAAGGGUCUGGGAUAUGCGUACCAAAGCUAAUGUACACACACUUGUUGGACACACCAAUACAAUUGCAAGCGUUAUCACUCAAGCCGCAGAACCACAGGUUAUAACAGGAUCUCAUGAUUGCACAAUUCGUUUGUGGGACUUGGCAGCGGGAAAAUCACGAGCAACUUUAACCAACCAUAAGAAAUCUGUUCGAUCUGUAAUUUUCCACCCUACACUCUACAUGUUUGCCAGUGCAAGUCCUGAUAACAUCAAACAGUGGAAGUGUCCGGAUGGUAAUUUUGUUCAGAAUCUAGUCGGUCACAACGCAAUUGUCAACUGUCUCGCUGUCAAUCCAGAGGGUGUUCUAGUUUCUGGUGCCGAUAAUGGUACGAUUCAUUGUUGGGACUGGAGAACAGGCUAUAACUUCCAGAGGCUCCAGGCUCCAGUUCAACCAGGCUCAAUGGACAGUGAAUCUGGUAUUUUUGCGAUGACAUUUGAUCAGAGUGGGAGUCGCCUCAUAACUACAGAAGCCGACAAAACAAUAAAAAUUUAUAAAGAAGAUGAUAACGCUACUGAAGAAUCUCAUCCAGUUCAGUGGCGCCCUGAUAUUUUGAAAAGGAAGAAAUUUUAAUCUCCAGACUGUUUCCAUACCCUGCAGAAUAUUUGUAUUGUUUUGUAAAAAUGAAUCCUAAGUUUGUAAAUAUUUAUGUUUUGACUAUUUUUGUAAAGAGUUAGUCAAUAUAUUCUGGCCACAUUGGUCAAAUUGUGAUGAUGUACUUGAUCAGUAAAUGGACUAUUUUUAACUCU